UAAUUUCUCUAAUAUUUCACUUCAUUAGACAAAUGUCUUUCUCUUUUAAAGCCAGCAGUAAAACAUGGGUCCCUGUAAAUGUGACACAGAAUUGGACUGAAGCUCAGAGUUAUUGUAGACAGAAUCACACAGAUCUGGUCAGUGUGAGGAACCAGAGUGAGAAUAAUGAGACUAAGAAAAUCAUAGAACAAAACCUAACUACUGCUGAUGGAGCCUGGAUCGGUCUGAACAGACUCUGGGUUUGGUCAGAUAACAGCAGCUCCACAUUCACACACUGGCUCACUGGUGAACCCGACAGCAAAUCUGGAAGAGAUGAUGUCUGCACCUCCAUUGAUAUCAAAAACCACCAAGGACGAUGGGUAGAUGAUCCUUGUACAGGUCCUUAUCCCUUUGUGUGUUAUGACGAUAAACUGGUUCUGAUCAGACAGAAUCUGACGUGGACAGGAGCUCUGAAAUACUGCAGAGAUGAAGACAUGGACCUGGUGUCGGUGGACUCGCCGGAGAUCCAGCUUCGGGUGGAGAACGUGUCCUCGAUGGCCUCCACCGCUCACGUGUGGCUGGGUCUCCGUCACUCCUGCGUGCUCGGCCUCUGGUUCUGGGUCAACGGUCAGACCCUGUGCUAUGAGCGCUGGCAUCCGGGUCACGGCACCGGGGAGGAGAACUGCAUUACGACAGUGAGAUCCGGAGCCAUUCAGACCAGCAACCAGACCUGGAUCAGCCUUCCUGAAACUGAGACACACAACUUCAUCUGCACCAAGGGAGAGAGAGAGUCGAGUGACGGUUUAUGAAGAUUCAAUCAAGCCCUUUGCCGUCACAUUAUCUCCAUUUAAAGUCCAUAUAACCUUCACUUUUCUGAGAUCAAUUCAUGUGGUGAUGGAUUCAAACAUUUACUGUGUUUUCUUUCAUUUUGCUCUAUUGGUGUUUUUAGUUUAGUGCAUAUUAUCUAGUACUUUCCAUAAAAUUGCAUGUGAUUUUCCCUUAUUUGUUAGUCGCUUUGGAUAAAAUAAUCUGCUAUAUUAAUAAAUGUCAAUAGAUAAAUGUAAUGAUCUCAUAUUGAUUAAAAUAUAUUAUGGAAUAUUUGUACUUUUAAAGCACAAGCAUUAAAAUGAACUGGUGAAGGUUAAAAUAUGUUAUCUUAAAUAAAAUUGUGAUCUACAAAUGUUUACAGUGGCAUCAAAAAGUAUUUGGACACUUUAGAAAUAAUAAACAAUUACAAGAGAAAAGCUCUAGCAUCAUUUGAGCACAGAUGACACUUGGUUUGAUAUUGAAUUUCAUCUAGUGCAAUGAAAUACAGAUAUUUUCAAGUGUCUUAAUACCUUUUGAGGCUGCUGUACUUCCCUUCCAUGUACCCGUUAAUUUGGGGUAUAUAAUUACCCAAAUAACUGUCUGUAUUAGGGCUGGGUUGAAGAUAUGAAUUUCUUGAUUUUAAUCAAUUCUCAUUUUGAUGAACCAAUAUCGAUUCAUAAAUCCCCGAUCUUUUCAGUUGAUGCGUGAACAAAACUUCACUAAAAAUUAUUUGUAGCGAAGAAGAGAUUUGUUUUCCUUUGAUAAAAAUGUACCAAACCUGAUAUUUUUUAAUUAAUCGACAUAGAGAUUGGAAUUGAAUCAAAUUGUGAAAUUUAUGUCGAUACUCAGCCCUAGUCUAUAUUUACAUACAUUUUGAAUGUCAGUGAUUUUCUUCUUUGCUGGAUUUCUGUACUGGAUUUGUCGGUUUGUGAUUCAUACUCAUUUCUUUCUGAGAAAAUAAAGCUUUGGAAGAAAUUUCA